CAGAUAUCGUUAUAAUUUAAUCCGGCGUAAGCGCUAACGUAUUUCUGCGUACAGAUCAGCUCUUUUCCAUUGUCAAAGACACAGUUCGAGUACAGCGUUGGCUACGAGUACAUGUUGUUCACGUGUUAUAACUUUUCCGACAUUCGAUCAGUCGACGGUUCUAGUGUGUUAUUCAGUGCGCGUUAUGGCUCAGCAAAUGAUCGAAAACAGUUACUACUCGGCCGUGGGAGGUUUCACCGUCAACGACAUCGUUAAUUAUGCUGCUGGUGCUCCGGGUAAAGAGAACGAUUCGCCCUCGACGACGGACGCGCAACGAGAUUCGCAACAGCUGUCCGUGGACUUGAUCGACUGCUCCACGUUUACGUUAGACUUAACCGAGCGUAAGUCUAUCGCCGUAGGAUUGGAUCCCGCGAACGAUUUCAACGUGGUGAUACGUUUAUCGAGUUCGACGCGCGACGUGUACAUAUCGCCCGACUUUAUACGUCGACUGUACUCGUUGAUGGGCAACAUACUGUCGAUUAUCAGCGAUUCGCCUACGUUGAAAACUCGCGGGGAAAAACUGUUUCUCAAAGACGAGACGAGCACCCUGUCCAAAACGAUGUAUCGCGGGAAAAACAUGCUACUCGUCGACUCGCAUCACCGUAACGGAUCUCGCGUGAUGUUGAGCCGAGCGAAUCUGUUGAAAUUACAAGAUUUGAAGCGCUGCGUGGAGGAGACGAUUACACGCAAAUUAAUCGUCACCCGCACCACCGUGCGCGAGAUGAUGAAUCAAAUCGUCGUGUACCUGUCGAAAAAUAUCUACAGAGCAAGCGGCACGUCGUGCGCUGAGACCGCCGAUAUCAUUAGGAAUAUUCAUAACGAUUUGAUCACGAUGCACGUAUCGUGCUCGCUGUACGAUCGCAGUUUUCUCGAGCAGAUAAAACUAUUCGCCGUCGAUCAGCUGGCGCAGCGUUGGAUCGACGCGAAACGCGGAUCUCCAGCGGAUGACGUAAUCGGUUACGUAAACGGGGACGAGAACAACGACAGCAACAACAACAACAACAACAACAACAACAACAACAACAACAUCAUUAUCGAUAACUCCGACAUUUAUCCGCUAUCUGAGCAUUCACCGCCUGUAGACGUGAACGAUGGACCGCUAUAUUUUAAUUACUUCCGCUGACUCGAGGACGACGGUAUCGCGGAAGAAUGAAACAACACUUGAACGUAGGAUCGGGGAUAAGACGCCACCGCGAUAGUUGAGAAUGAAAUAUAAUAAUAAUAAAAUGUAAAAAAUAUUCAAU